CAAGUCUUUGAGAGACGUGCCGUGUGCAAAAAUAUGUUUAUAGAGUACCGUGUGCAGAACACGUGCCGAAAGAGCGCGUCAGUUUUUCUUUAGAGGUCUGUUGCGAAGCCGAGAUUCUAAUUCAAAUCCACCCAAAAAAAGAGUGGUUAGAGGGAGUGUGUGGUGUAGAGGUGUUGUUACGGAAACAGAAUGAGUGAUUAUAAGUGUUAUAAUUGUGGUCGACGAGGACAUCUUCAGCGAGAAUGCAACGCGGCCAGUUCAAGACCCAGUUAUUCCAAAGGUGGAAGGCCGAGAGGUCGUGUGGGUAAUAUACAUUCAGUAAGAUGCUACAAGUGUAAUGAGAAUGGUCAUUAUGCCAAGGAAUGCACGGAAGAAGGCAAUCGUUGUUAUCGUUGCAACAAGUCAGGCCACUUUGCUAAGGAUUGUACAAAUGUGAAGGAGAACGAAGCUGUCUGUUACCAAUGCAACGCAGUGGGUCAUCGCCAGCGAGAGUGUCCCAACAAAGUAGAAAAAUGCUACUGUUGCCACAAGACUGGGCACAUUCAACGAGACUGUCCAGAGAAGGACGACAACCCGAAUCCUUGCUACAACUGCAACAAGCCUGGCCAUAUUGCCAGCGAAUGCCACGAGCCUCGGAGUGAGCGUAGUAGCUCGCGUUCCUGCUAUCAGUGCGGCCAGACUGGUCAUAUCUCCACUGACUGUCCCAAGAUAACUUGUUAUCGUUGCGAUCAAGCUGGACACAUGGCACGUAGUUGUCCUAACAGCAACCGCGACACGGAUUGUUUCAAGUGCGGGAAAGAUGGACAUCUGGCUCGGGAUUGCAUUGAACAAUCUGCUUGAGAGCAAGAUACACAAUUUGGCACUGGUCGACCUAUAAUGACACGAACCAGCCUAGAGAGGUCAAAAAAGUGAUUUCCAUUUUAAAUUGAUUGUUUAAGUAGUAGAGGAUAAGAAGUUUGAGUUUGGUCCGUUUGAAUUGGAUCCGUUUGAGUUGUACCCAAGACGUCAAGAAGGGGGCAGUCUGGGUAUACACGCUGUAGUGGGUCCAUACGGCGAGAGGUUGCUCUCAAUUCAUGGGAUCUAUAGAGCCGGGCACGCACUACGUUUUACGACGGUCGCACAACAAAUACAACUCGACUCCCUGUGCGCAGUAGAUGACGCAAAGCCGUCUGCUGGUUGUCAGUGGCAGUCUGGAUGGAUCGUUAAAAACGAUCCGUUAUGCACGUUCUGCCGUUGCGUUCGCAAUUGACAUGCUUCCGGUGUAGUGAGUGCCUGACUUUAAUCAUUUAGUUAAGAAAACGGAGCUCAUACCCCAUAUUGUAUCUCAUGUUAUAUUUACCCAAUACUAGUAGUCACAUGAUAGCAUAAUUUGCAUGUUUAUUCUGAUCAUUCCUUAAAAUGAAAUUUUAACAAACCCCUAUUUUUGUUGAAUUGGGAGCCGUAACAUCACAGGGGGAAGAGUGCGGGUGAGGACCGAAAAGGUGGUCACUCCUGAGGGAAACAGGAUCGAUGAUUGACGAAGAACUGUUUGUAGAGAGGUGCGUUGGUUGGUUAAAAAUAAGGAGAAAAAAUACAAUGACCAUGGAGAUGAACACCAUUAAAUCUAGAAAAUGUCUAUAGAGUUGUAAGAUGAGGUGUGUUUGAAUAGUAAAACACCAGUAAAUUGAGAGAAGAAAAAAAAUUAAGUGAAAGUGAGUACUUAAUAAAAAAAAUAAGCCAUUUUAUCAUCUGGUGGCUGGAGAAAAAGUUCAGUUGGGACAGUGGUAAUAUAGUUUUUCCUUUGUUUAAACAGGUGUGGAGAUGAUAAAAAUACCAAAUGCUGCAAGCUGUUUAAAAAUUAUCUGAAAUAUGUUCUUUUAAGUGUACCUAGUGUGGGCCUGUCACAAUUUCCAGCGGUGCUUUUAAAAACUGUUUUAUCCUUAUUUCAUCAGUCAAUUUAACUAAUUUUAUCAAUUUUAGAAAAGCAUCAUUGGAUUACUGACGUUUAACAUCUAAGAUUUGGCCCACUCAAUGGACCAUUUUACAAUAAGUUGCAUAAACUUCAGUAACAGAAAUUUAUAUUUCCAUUGUUUUAAAAAAAUUUAAAAUAAUAUAAUUGUUUUCUUUUUUUAACCAAAAGCACUUUUAUUUAAAAUUUACCCUUAUAAUUUUAAACAAGUAAAAAAAUUUUGAGUAAGAUAAAAACCACCAAAUAGUAUUCCAGAUGUUUAAAAAUAAUGCAAACCAUGAUCUAAUUCACAACACUCAAUAUUUUCUGUGAAUUGCAGUAAUGUAAAAAAAACAGUCAUUUCACUGACAGUGAUUAAUAAUUCUAAAGUUUUUAAGUGAAAAAUCCUUAUCCUAGCCUGUAGCUAGUUUCCACAAUAAGAAGGAAUUGUGAUGGUAAUAAAAUUCUGUACAGUAAAAUAAAUGCAUGAUAUUUUAAUGGCAGUUA